UCCAAUUGCCAUGCCACCUCUUCCGAUUAAAGAACUCGUUAAAAUAUUUAUCCAAGAUGUGCAUCUGGUUGAGGGUAGGUGUCAAUUUAUUGACUCCCUUGGCAUCGCCCCAGCCACGAAAAUUCCAUUGGAAGGGCUUUACACUCAUAAAACCAUAACAGCGACUGACUAUUUCAGCCGGAUUCUACACGACUGGGCUGGUCGCGUUGGAGGUGAAGCUACGGUUUUGGAACUUAUUAAAAUUUUGCGAGAUGAGGAGUUCGUGAGUGUGGCGGAUGCAGUGCAAGAACAGCUUAUUUGCGGGAAUGAUAAAUCCGUAAAGUUGGGGAAUCACAGUGCCCACGGUGAUCAUGUUGAUGUGGAGCCAGGAUCACGUGAUCAGGUACUAAUUCCAAGGGUUGCUGGUCGGGUCCCCUUCCCGGUCAGUUUGAAUUACGUAACGACUGACCUUGAACCCUGUGGUGAACGUACAGAGUUACUGUGCACACGGCAAGAUAUUCAAAAUCCAGGUAGCAAUGCCGAGCAGAACACUUGUCCCGUCUUUCAGGAAACAGCUGUUACAUCUUUCCGGUGGCAGUCUCCUCGUGUCCCAAUCAUUGCAUCUGUUCUUGGAGUAAUAAUUAUUUUCCUGGUUGGUGUCACACUUGUAAUUAUCAAUAUCGAAAGAACCCCAUCUGCCAUAAAACAGGAUUAUUCUGUCUCCAACAUCAAUGACACAGUAACUUCAGAUGUUUCAUCAACUACGAGGAAACGUCGACCUGAAUACCUCAAUUCUGUGACCACCUCGCAAACUGUAUAUAAAUCAGUCACCUCUACGCAGUCCUUUACUUCCUUUACUCAACCUAGCGACAUGUCUUGGAGGAGAGGCGUUAAACGAAUCAAAAUAUUCCGUUUUGCUGAUCUAAAAGAUUUUUGUGAUACCCGCAUAAUCCUUGAGCUGCACUACCCUCAAAUAUUUCUAGAAAAUGAUCUUUCAGACUUCAAUAAUGUACAAUGUGUCGAUCAUGUCUUUCAGUUGGCUAUAUUUGUUAAAGUAACACAAUUUCAGCUGAGCAGGAUCACUCAGCUGUUCCGAGACGUUGAGAAUUUGGCUUUUGUAACGUCGGCAACAUGCAGUGAGGCGGAUCAGGAUAUGAGUGGAUCAUUUCAAAAAAUUUCCCGUCAAGUGUACCCCUCUCUCGAACAGUUGACCCUGGUCAAGCUCUCUGUAUGUUCUGGGCUCUUCCAGAUGCUGAAUGCCACUCUAACCUUCCCGAAUUUGAAAUUGCUUCCCGUCUAUCACUUAUCACUAAAGGACACGGACAACGCAUUCCUUCAAGAUAUCGUGUCCAUGGCAAAAUUUCCGCCAAAAUUUCAAUGCACUGAAUGCAUUAGAUUUUACUUGACUGAAUUUGAAUGUUCUGGUUACAUAAUUACCAAUUUCAAGUGUGCUGUUCAAGCUGGUAUCCUGGGGUUGGGAAUGGUUUGAAUAAAUCGAUUAAUGAGA